AUGGACAACGUCGCCUCUGUCAUUGAUGUCCUCAGCUCAGGCCGCAUCAACACUCUUACCGAUCUCUGUCGCAUGGAACGCACUCUGAUCAAUGCAAUGCAGCCCCGUGUUGAAAACCUGCGUGAAAGUCCUGCCAUAGAAUUGAUGGCGUCCGCAUGGACAAACUAUGUGCAGAGUAACAACCUCCUCAAUGAGCUACGCAAUCUCACUCGCGACUAUCCCUUCAGUUCCGAGUUGCUGGACGAUGCGAAGGAGUUGGUGAUGAGGGACCCUAAUCGUAAGAGGAGCUGGAACUAUGCAUGGCUGGUGUUGACCAAGAUUGAAGAAGACGCACUAGUCGAAAAGCACGCAAAGGCGUUAUCGACCAACCCCGAGAUGUGGGGAGGAAGUCUUCCUCCAGAGGAGAUGACGGUAUUACUUGAGAACAAGUGCCGCGAAGACUGGACAAGAGCCGUCCGAAUCAUGUUAAGACACUGGCAACUCAAACCGCUUUUCCAGCUUCGAGGCAAAACAACCAGUACCUAG